AUGAAAUUACCUGCUUACGGAAUAGUUGGCAAUCUUCUGAAUUGGGUAACUAAUUUUUUGCACAUGAGAUCACAGGUGGUAAAUUUAAACAAUGUUACUUCUCAUGCUAUAUCUGUAACAAGCGGUGUUCCACAGGAGAGUGUUCUUGAACCUACUCUAUUCUUAUUGUUUAUAAAUGAUGUGAGCCACAUUAAUAAACAGCUUGAUGUCAAACUUAAACCUUUUGCUGAUGACAUUAAAUUAUAUUCAGUCUAUGAUGUACGUGGCCUUCAGUCAGACCUUCACACAGCUGUUAGUCGUUUGUACGAAUGGAGUUGUGCUUAG